CGGGGUUUUAUUUUUCCAAGCUCUGACUUCCGAGUCCUGCGCUUGUAUUCCGGGGUCCUCUUCUUCUGGCUUCAGAUCUAAAACCCAAUUCAUGGUUUGCCAGUCUCAGACAUGUCGUAGGAGUCAAAAUUAAAACCUCAAUCUCAAGUCUCAACUGCUCCUCCUCCGUCAUCGGAAAACAAGCAGAGCAAUUCAGAACUCGCUGAGCCUGAGAUGGGAUUUCAAGAACAUGGGAAUGGGGAACUGGGGUUGUCUGGAAUCCCCUUGGGUGCGAAGAACAAGUACAGGAGAAUGGGCUCUGACCAUACCGAGGAUUACCACGAUGGCCUGGACCAAUACCACCAAGAGCAUAGGAGCAAAAGUACCAGGAAAUAUGUUCUUGCCUGUGCCGUCUUUGCUUCUCUCAACAAUGUCCUUCUUGGCUAUGAUGUGGGUGUCAUGAGUGGAGCUGUUAUAUUCAUCAAAGAAGAUCUGAAGAUAUCAGAGGUAAAGGAAGAAUUUCUUGUUGGUAUUCUGAGUAUAGUCUCUCUACUCGGUAGUCUAGGUGGUGGAAGAACAUCAGAUGCUAUUGGAAGAAAAUGGACAAUGGGCUUAGCUGCAAUUAUAUUUCAAACAGGCGCACUCAUAAUGACUCUAGCUCCUUCAUUUGCAGUACUAAUGAUUGGAAGACUCUUAGCGGGAGUUGGAAUAGGAUUUGGAGUUAUGAUCGCCCCCAUAUACAUCGCUGAGAUAUCACCAAACAUCACUAGAGGUUCUCUCACUACCUUCCCAGAGAUUUUCAUAAAUCUUGGGAUCUUGCUUGGUUAUGUCUCAAAUUAUGCAUUUUCCGGCCUUUCACCACAUAUCAAUUGGAGGAUCAUGCUUGCUGUGGGAGUUCUACCCUCAGUUUUCAUUGGCUUUGCACUUUUCAUUAUACCCGAGUCACCAAGGUGGCUGGUAAUGCGGAACCGAGUUGAAGAAGCAAGAUCAGUGCUGUCAAAAACCAAUGAUAAUGAUCAAGAAGUAGAGGAAAGGCUUGCAGAAAUACAACAAGCUGCUGGAUUGGCCAAUUCUAGUAAGCAACCCGUGUGGCGGGAACUACUUUUUCCUUCCCCUGCACUACGGAGGAUGCUCAUUACUGGAUUUGGGAUUCAAUGUUUCCAGCAGAUCUCAGGAAUAGAUGCAACUGUAUACUAUAGCCCUGAAAUUUUUAAAGCAGCUGGGAUUGAGGAUAAUUCCAAGCUUCUCGCUGCAACUGUUGCCGUAGGAAUAACAAAGACUGCUUUUAUAGUGAUAGCCAUAAUUCUCAUAGACAAAUUAGGUAGGAAGCCCUUGCUCUACGUAAGCACAAUAGGGAUGACGUUGAGUCUGUUGAUGAUAGGAAUUACUCUUGCUUUGUUUGGACAAGGAUCAUUGGCAAUUGCUUUGGCAAUUCUGUUUGUUUGUGCCAAUGUGGCUUUCUUCUCGGUUGGACUAGGCCCUGUGUGUUGGGUUUUGACGUCUGAAAUCUUUCCUUUGAGAGUGAGAGCCCAAGCUUCAGCAGUUGGGGCCGUGGGGAAUCGUGUGUGUAGUGGCCUCGUGGCCAUGUCUUUCUUGUCUGUUUCACGGGCAAUUACAGUUGCCGGAACAUUCUUUCUGUUUGCUGCUAUUUCUUCCCUUGCCGUCGUCUUUGUUUACUCGCUAGUUCCUGAAACCAAAGGGAAGUCAUUGGAGCAGAUAGAACUUCUGUUCCAGAAUGAACAGGCGACCAUCCAAGGAAGGGAAAUGGAGCUUGGAGAUGUAGAACAACUGGUGCAGAAUAAAACCAAUUCAACGGUCCAAAUUGAUUGAUCUCCAUUUCCAACUCAUACGAAUCUGCCAUUGGAGAAAGAAUAUGAAUGCUGGUUAUGUCCCAGCAUAGGUAUGAUCAAUUCAGGGCAAAACUUUGCGGACAUGGCGACCGCAGAAUGAUAGGCCAAAGGAAGCAUGAUCACUACAAAUUGUAUUCUUUUUGUGUACUUUUCCCUGGUGCAAUUAUUUAUAUUCUUUAACCUUUAAUUAAUGCAUGCCUCUGAGGGGUUCGAUAGAAAUCUCGAAUCUGCAUUGUGAAUUCGUGUCUUUAGUGACAUAAGAGUAUAUAUAAUUGAAAAUGGGCUCCUCUAUCCCUAUUGAUUAAUCAACGUUAAAGUGAACAAUUAUCAGGGCUUUCUUUUGUAA